AUGCCUCCUCACUCAUUCGCGGAGUGGAUAAUCGGACAGAACUUGCCCAGACGGAUCCGAAAGCCCUACCCCCCUUCCCCUCCAAACAACGAAGUGCAGCAAUACAGGCUGGAGCUGUUCACCGAUGACGAGCUGCAGGUCGAGAAGGUAGCGUUGACUUAUCCGCGUGCCGUUCGGAUUGAGAAAGACGAGCCUGCAGAACCAGAAAAUCCUGCUGCUAAGAAGGUCUCAUUCUCCAGUCCUCCGAAGCCGGCCAUAAAAAAAACUGCGGCUACGUCACCGCCAGAAACACCACAAGAUGCUCCCGCUGUAUCUGACAAGGACGCAGAUACAAGCAGUUCUCUGGAAUAUGACUACAGUAGCGAUGGCCAUGGGCGAGGCCGGAGACGGCGUCGGACUAGAAGACACAGAAGUCGAAGCCGCUCGAGCAAGUCAGCAUCUAGUGCCCGCGACUCAGACGAUUCAGAGCCAUGCCGUUGUCCAAAGUGCAAGGCCAAGCAAACCAAGCAAAGCUUGCGCUACAGAGAUCGUCGACUGAACCAAAAAUUGCAAGAGCUGAGAGAGCUCGAACGCGACAGCUCUUCUGAUGAGUUCGCUACCACUUCUCCUGUGCCUGCUUCGCCAGAGGAUGCUCCUCAAACCGAAGAGUCCGAGUCCGAGACAAGCUACGAGUCCUAUUCAAAGAAUUCCACACCGAAAGGCGAAGAAGUAAAAGAGAAAGCAAUUGAAAAGGAACCUGAGGUGAAGAACCCCGAGGUAAAGGAGACCGAGGCAACUGGUGCUGCUGUCGAGCCUCCAAAGCCUCGGGAGAGUCUCAAGGCACCGGCUGUCCAACCCGCACCUUUCAGAGCGGAGACCGUUCCGCGCCAAGGCUUCCUCCGACCGAACCUCCUACUUCCUGUCAAGGCACACGUUCUUAAAGUCGAACAUGCCGUGGAAGAACCUGAAGAUCCACGGCCCAAUUCGUUUUACGAUGUUGACAGCGGAACGAUACGAGUUUACCACGGACCUGUUUACGGAAAUCCGACGGGAACUAUGUACCCAAUCCGCAACAGGAAUAGAGUUGCAAGCCUGCCUGUCGGAACACCACAUCCCAUGUCAAACCCAUACUAUGAGGCCUCGCCAUUCGGAGUGCCUUACAAUCCACGUAUGAAUCCGCUUAUGCCACCACCUAUGCCAUACUGGCCUGGCCAACCGGCACCCUCUCUUCCAGGCUUACCAGGAUACCCUCCAGUCCCUUAUUACAGUCCGGUGGGACUAGAGCCUAGAGCCAGAACUGUAUCUUCCGAUUCGAAUGGGAGGCUGGAAGCCCAUGCGGGCCAUGACUACCAGAAGAGGAAGUCCGGACGAGGAAAGCGGUCUCCGCCCAAUAAGGUGGAGAAAUCAAGAACUCGCCGUGACGACCGCUACUAUGGAUCGCCUCCGGAUCGGCGCCAAAAGCAUAGACGGCCUCCUCAUGGACAAAGGGCAAGAGAGAAUGAAGGCAACGAGGGCAACGAGGGCAACGAAGGUCUCAACUCAAACAACGAUGCUGCCAAUGUCUUCAACAAUGACGCCAACAACGGUGAAGGAUGGGGCAGAAGUGCUUGGGAUGACCCACCGCCACUGGAAGAAAUCAAAGAGGACAGCUGGGGUAACACAGUCCCGGUGGAAGCAUGGGACAACGAUGCUGGUGCAAAUCAAGCAGACCAAAAUAGAAACGACUGGGGGGGCACAGAUCAGAAGGAGGACAGAUGGGGGGCUGGAAGUGCCGACAACGACAACAAUAAUAAUAAUGGCGAAACUGAUUAUUGGGCCAAUGCCAAUGCAAAUGUAACCGCAUCGCAGAAGAAUUGGCACAAUGACAACUCAGGCGGCCAAAACGGAGAUCGGCCCAGCUCGGCAAACGACAAUGAUAGUUGGAAAAGGUCCUCCAGUGGCUACACCGGGCUCCCUUCAGAUUCGAACGUCAUUCCGCCCUCAGCGUACAGAAAAAAGAGCAUGGAAAUCCGCCGCGACAGUGGCGAGGCCGGAAACUGGGGCUGGGUUGAACAGCCGCCGAUCUUUAGGCGAGGAGCUUGGGAGGACCCAAUUUCAAAUACGCAGGAUUAUAUUUUUGAGAAUAGAGACAGACCGAGUCGAGCGAGACGAAACAAAACGAAGGUCGUGAAUGACAGAGACGACUUUGUACCAAGCUGGGGCGACCCGACGGCAGCCCAGAGCUCGCACGAUCCGCCGGCCUUUCGAAAUAGCAAGGACAAAAUGGGCAAAGAUGCUCCUGAGGCGGAACAAUGGUGA